GCAGCCAUGGACGGUGUGCUCCUGCACGGCUUGCCUACUCCUUCACACAGCCCACCGCCUGGUGCCCAGGCUCCUCUGGUUGCCCUCCAUGACACAGGGAAGUGAAUCCAAAGAGGCCGGUGCUUCCUACCCGCCUGGAGUCGGGCCGACUGGGGACACCUUUCCAAACGGUCCGGCAGUGUGAGCCCAGUUGUUCCUGUGGCCAUCAGCCAUGUCCUUCAGCGCCACCAUCCUCUUCUCCCCUCCCGGUGGCAGUGAGACCAGAUGCUGCUGCUGCGCCUGCAAGAGCGAGACCAGUGCGAGCAGCACGGGCUCCCAGGGCGGGAACCCUCCUACCAGCACCCCCAUCACGGUGACCGGACACGGCCUGGCCGUUCAGAGUUCAGAGCAGCUCCUGCACAUUAUCUACCAGCGGGUGGAGAAGGCCGUGGGCCUGGCCGAGGCCGCUCUGGGGCUCGCCCGGGCCAACAACGAAUUGCUCAAACGUCUCCAAGAGGAGGUGGGUGAGCUGAGGCGAGGGAAAGCCUCGGCCCCGGACGAAGACGGGGACGGCCAGGCGCACGGCUCCCUGCCAGAGGAGCCGGGGCCUCUCAAGGAGAGCCCCGGGGAGGCCUGCAAGGCGGCGGCCGCGGGGGAAGAGGAGUGUGACAGCGUGGGCAGCGGCAUGCAGGUGGUGAUUGAGGAGCUGUGGCAGGUGGGAGCCGCCUCGGCCGUGGGGCCCGGGCCCUUGGGCUUCCCGGCGGCGCAGAGGGACGCCCGGCUCCCGGGGUGUGCCCUGGCGGCCGGCGAGGCGGCCCCGCUGCUCAAUCCCCUGGUGGAUGAUUAUGUGGCCUCUGAGGGUGCAGUACAGCGGGUGCUGGUCCCUGCUUAUGCCAAGCAGCUCUCACCAGCCACACAACUGGCUAUCCAGCGGGCAACCUCAGAGACAGGGCCAGAAAAUGGAAGCAAGCUGCCACCACCCCGCCCCGAGGACAUGCUCAGUGCUGCUGCUGUGCUGGAUGGUGCCUUGGAAGAGUCAGGCCCCGGGGGAACAGGGGAGCUGAGACACUCUCUAGGGUUUACCGCUUCCCCAUGCAGGACCAGAGGGAGUGGGCAGAAGAACUCCAGGCGCAAGCGGGAUCUGGUACUCUCCAAAUUGGUCCACAAUGUGCAUAACCACAUCACCAAUGACAAGAGAUUCAAUGGGUCUGAAAGCAUCAAGUCCUCUUGGAAUAUUUCAGUAGUGAAGUUCCUUCUGGAAAAGCUCAAGCAGGAGCUGGUGACCAGUCCCCACAAUUACACUGAUAAGGAGCUGAAAGGAGCCUGUGUAGCCUACUUUCUCACUAAGAGGCGUGAGUACCGCAACUCCUUGAACCCCUUUAAGGGCCUGAAGGAAAAAGAGGAGAAGAAGCUUCGAAGUCGCAGAUACCGGCUUUUUGCCAACCGAUCCAGCAUCAUGAGGCAUUUUGGACCUGAGGACCAACGCCUGUGGAAGGAUGUGACAGAAGAGCUGAUGUCAGAUGAAGAGGACAGUCUUAAUGAGCCAGGUGUCUGGGUGGCCCGGCCUCCCCGGUUCCGGGCCCAGCGCCUCACGGAGCUCUGCUACCACCUGGAUGCCAACUCUAAGCAUGGCACUAAAGCCAACCGUGUGUAUGGGCCUCCCUCAGACCGAUUACCUUCUGCUGAGGCCCAGCUCCUUCCACCAGAACUUUAUAAUCCUAAUUUCCAAGAAGAGGAAGACGAGGGAGGUGAUGAGAAUGGACCUGUCUCCCCAUCCUUUGACCAACCCCACAAAACCUGCUGUCCUGACUUGAACUCAUUCAUUGAAAUCAAGGUGGAAAAGGAUGAAUGAAAUCUAUAACCAAGAAGAACUCUGGCAUCUGCCACUCCCCAUGUCCCAGGGUUGGGUGGCCAUGGGGCUUCCCAGAUUAACAAGAUGUCCUCUGCAGUCUGAGAAAGCAAAUCUGUCUCUCUUCUUACCACAGUCCCCAACGGAGGUGGAAGCUGGCAGCUGUGGUGGGGUAAAAAGACUUACCUAGAAGGGGGACUUCCCCGGCUCCCCGUGAAUGGCAAGCCAGAAAAUGCUUAUUUCUAAGCAUAAAUAGUGCCUCGGGGCGCCUGGGCUGAGAAAAGGAGGAGGAUGGGUCUAAGAAACAUGAGGCCUUCUUGACAUAUG